AUGAUUAUAUUCGUAUUAUUGGUUCACACAAUUGCUUAUUAUUGUGACGAUGACAAUGGUGUAUUUUCCGAAACUAGUUCCACUUGUGUGUACAACACUGGAGCAUCAUUCGAUUCGGAAACAUCUAAAAAAACUUUAAUUUUAACAGAUUAUAUUUUUUCAACAGUAGUUUUAAACGAUUUUAAUUAUCACUUAACACUUGGUACAACUACAGUCACUUGUUCAGUCACUCAUUUGACUAUAAAAUCAAAAACUAAUAAUUAUGCAACGUUUACCAUUCUUAACGUAAAGCCUACACUUAUAAUAGAAUUGGAUAGUGGCCCCACAGAAUCUGUCAGAAGUUUCCAUCUUAGUUCCUUAACACUACCAAGUGAAAUUAUUAAUGUAAACUCAAACAAAAUACCACUAUAUUUGUAUUUAAACGUUGAAGGACUUGGACUUUCAGAGACAAACAACUAUCUCUUUUUAAAAGGAUCUUUUAAUUUGAUAACAUCACCUACAAGGCCAUAUGUCGGGUAUUUGUUUUCGUCCAAUUCAAGUGAAAUUACAACACAAAAAGUGGAUCAAGGUGAAAUCGUCUCAAUCAGUUGUGUAAACGGAUAUACAAGAUACUAUGCUUUUUAUGAUUCAAUAGAACACCAAUUGACUUGUCAGUGUCCUCUAGACGCUAUUGAUGAUCGAAAUUGUAAAGUAAAUUUUACAUACAGUACUACAACAUCAGCUCAGGUUUUUAUGGCAUCGGGAGACCAAAAUAUAUAUAGAAAAGAUACUAAUUACGAAACUAUUGGCGACGUUGGAUAUACCGGAGGAUCAAUAUACGUUUUAAUGUAUAGCAAUUAUAUUUUUACAGUUAAAAAUUUGAAUGGUUGUAAUCUUGCUUUAUGUACCAAAUUAUUUACAAUUUACGAAAUUAUUUUAUCAGAUGGUUUAAAUGGUGAUUUAAAAUUGAUUACAUUUGAGAGUGAAAAUAAUAAUUAUUUGUAUUUAGAAUCAAAUUCAUCGACGGGAUAUAUGGUGAAAAACGGAAAUACUUUUAAUAUUUUAUUUAUGGGAAAAGAUGGCACAACUCUUAAUACAGAAGAUUAUCCUUAUAACUUUAUGAAAACCAAUGAUUGUCAAUUAUUUUAUAUCACAAAAUUAAAUAUUAUAAAAUGUCUCACGUGUCCCCCAGAACAACAAAUGCAAAACGGUUUAUGUAAGUGUUUAUAUACAAAAUUAGGAACUAAUUGUGUAUUAAAUCAUUGCGUUUUAUAUGAAAAUGGAAUAUGUCGACAAUGUGAAGACAGAUACUUUUAUGAUGGAAUAACCAAAACAUGCAAAUCGUGUGGUAUUAAUUGUAACAAUUGUGUAAAUAGCACAUUUUGUUAUAAUUGUUUUUUCAACAAUUUAAUUAUUAAUAAUGGAGUUUGUGUGAAUUCGAAUUGUCUACUUUCCAACAGUGGGAGGUGUGUAAAAUGCGACAAAGGAUAUUAUAUUUCAAAUGGAAAUUGUGUUGUUUGUGACAUUCGUAAUUGUGAUUAUUGUUCGACUCAAACGAAAUGUUCGAUGUGCCAUGUUGGGUAUUAUUGGGACGGGUUUUCUUGUGUAAACAACAAAGGAUUUGUCAACACAAAUAACAAACUGAUAUAUUGCACAUCAGCUACAGACUAUUUGAGUGAUGAUAAAUGCAAUAAUUGUACUUCAGACAUUUCCAAUUGUGAGAUGUGUAUGGAUGGAAAGUGUAUUAAAUGUCUUGAUAAUACCAUAUACACCAAUGGAGAGUGUGUAAUAGAAUCGUCUUGUAAUUCUAUAACAAACAAUAAAUGUAUGUGUUACUCAGAAUCGAUAUAUAAUGGGAAUGCUUGUAUUUCGAAAAGAGAAAAUUGUUCAUAUGAUAGAUUAAGUGGGUGCGAUGAAUGCAUUGAAGACCAUCAUCUUGUAUCUAACACGUGUACACCACAAGUUGAACCAAAUUGUUCUUUUCAAAUGUCAUCCACUUGCAUUUCCUGUGAUUUUGGAAUGUAUUUAGAAGAUGGUGGCAACUGUGCUGAGUGUCCAAUAGAGUGCACAUCGUGUAUAUCUAAUUCUAAGUGUAUCUCAUGUACAAAUGAUAAAUACUUACAAGACCACACAUGUAUUUCCAGUGACGAAUUGAGUAAAGUGUGUGACAAACCAUUACUAACAGGGUCCGGGUGUGCAAUCUGUAAGAGUGGAUAUUAUAGAAGUGGUAAUGGCUGUCAGGUGUGUAAUAUUGGAUGUGCUACAUGCAAUAAUAACCUUAGAUGUACUACAUGUCAAAGUGAUUAUUUCAUGACUUAUGAUGAAGGAGUCUGCAAGUUAAAAAACAGUACAGUUGGGUGUAUUGAUAUUAACACUGUUUUAGGAUGCAUUUCAUGCACUUCUGGCUAUUAUUUAUAUUACAAAGAGUGUGCACCUUGCUCUGAAAAUUGUAAUCAAUGUACUUCACAAACAACAUGCCAGACAUGUGAGUCUGAUUUCGUUUUGGUAAAUUCACAGUGUACAUCAUUAGAAUUAGUCAAAGACUGUGUUAAAGUAUCUGACUCCAAAUGCUCUAAAUGUACAUUUUGGCACUCUCCAAGUAUUGAUGGAUCAUCUUGUGUAACAAAGGCAGUUUGGUGGGUGAUAUUUAUAAUAGUUUUAAUAGUUAUUUUACUAUUAAUUAUAUUACUUAUAGUAAUCAUAGUUGUCACUAAAAUGAUUCUUGACAAAUUACACAAAAAAGAAGUUGAGAAGACCACAACAAUUUUUAAAAUGAAAAAAUCGAAUAUCCACUUUGAAACCCUUCAAGGUGGCAUUUGUGUGUCAUCAAAAACAAUUGAUUUUAACUCUGAGAAUGAUGAAAUUCCAGUCAACACAGAAAGUCGUGAAGUUUUCUGUGUUGGAAAUUUGAAUGAAAAUGUUGUCAAAAUUCAAUUCACUUUAAUGUCAAACGUCGACAAAUUUACUCUUCGAGUGUCUCCCGAGUUGAUUUCACUCAAGAAAGGCUUUGCGUGUGAAUUUUCGUGGUAUUUGACGCCAUUGUGUACUUGUCAGAUUUUUAGUUCCAUUCAAAUUGUUGCCAAAAACUUGAAAACAAACGACGAAAAGUUCAAUGCAAUCAAAGUUGUUGGUGUCACCGAGAAAUCGACGCGAAUUGAUUACGACGAGUUAAAAGAAGAUAAGAAACUUGGGGAAGGCUCUUUUGGAGUUGUUUACAAAGGAACUUUCAGAGGAAAUGUUGUUGCAAUUAAAAAAAUGAAGAAUUUUUCAAAUGAUGAUAAUUCGAUGGAGGAAUUUGUAAAUGAAGUUGACAUGUUGAACAAAUUUCGCAGUGAUUAUAUCGUCCACUUCUAUGGCGCGGUGUUCAUUAUAAGUAAAGUUUGUUUAGUCACUGAAUUUGCACAAUUUGGGAGUUUAAAGGAUUUGAUGCAACAUAAAAAGAGUGAAGAAGUUGAGACAAAAGUUCGAAUUAAAAUGUUAGUAGACUCUUCUAAAGGAAUAGCAUAUUUACAUGAAAAUGGGAUUUUACAUAGAGAUAUCAAGCCAGAUAAUAUCUUAGUUGUUUCAAUUGAUUUGAAUGAUAGUGUGAACGCAAAAUUGACAGAUUUUGGGAGUUCAAGAAAUAUCAAUUUACUGAUGACGAACAUGACAUUCACCAAAGGAAUUGGAACACCUAUUUAUAUGGCGCCUGAAAUGCUGAGAAGAGAAAAAUAUAAGAAAAGUGCUGAUGUGUACUCAUUUGGAGUGACAAUGUAUGAAGUAGUUGGGUGGGAAGAACCAUUCAAUAGAAAACAGUUUAAAUUUAGUUGGGACAUCGCCGAUUUCGUUGUGGCUGGUAAACGCUUGGAAAAGCCAAUGGAUAUGAGAGAUGAUAUAUAUAUUGUGAUUCAAGAAGCCUGGUGUAAAGACAAGAACAUGCGUAACGAUAUCAAUUCUAUUCAAGAAAGUCUAGAAACUAUAUUAGAUGUGUUAUAA